GGGGGCCACUCCCAGCGGGGGCGGGGCCUGGCCUGGAAGCCUGGGUCCGCGCCGCUGCCAUGGUGCUGGAGGCGCUGCGCUACCGCCGCGGGUCUCUGCAGAUCCUAGAUCAGCUGCAGCUGCCGCAGCGGAGCUGCUACCAGGCGAUCCGGGGCGUGCGGGAUGGGCAGGCGGCCAUCCGGGACAUGCGGGUGCGGGGUGCUCCAGCCAUUGCCCUUGUGGGCUGCCUGAGCCUGGCGGUAGAGCUGCAUGGGGGCACAGCUGGGGGCCAAGACGCUGCCACGGUGGCCACCUUCGUGGGGAAGGCACUGCAGGACCUGGCCAGCACCCGUCCCACAGCCCGCAACAUGGCGCAGGCAGCUGAGAAGCUGGGGGCUGCAGUCACGCAUGAGGCCCAAUGCCCGGGUGCCACAGCCAACAGUGUGCGGGAGAUCGUCAUCCAGCUAGCGGAGGAGAUGCUGGAGAAGGACCUGCAGGAUAACCGGCGCAUCGGAGAGCUCGGGGCCACCUGCAUGAUGCGGGGGGUGGCACCACAGGGCCAGGUGACAGUGCUGACCCACUGCAACACUGGGGCGCUGGCUACUGCUGGCUAUGGCACUGCCCUGGGUGUCAUCCGGGCCCUACAUGCCCGUGGCUGCCUGGAACAUGUGUACUGCACAGAGACACGGCCCUAUAACCAGGGGGCCCGGCUGACAGCCUAUGAGCUGGUUUAUGAGGGCAUCCCAGCCACCCUCAUUGCCGACAGCGCAGCUGCCCUGGCCCUGAAGGAGAAGGGCAUCUCCGCCAUCGUGGUAGGAGCUGACCGUGUGGUGGCCAAUGGUGACACAGCCAACAAGGUGGGCACCUACCAGCUGGCUAUUGCUGCAAUGCACCAUGGCGUGCCUUUCUACGUGGCGGCACCCAGCACCUCCUGUGACCUCAGCCUGGCCACUGGGGACCAGAUCAUCAUUGAGGAGAGGCCCAGUCAGGAGCUGACAGACAUCAACGGCAUUAGGAUCGCAGCACCUGGUAUAGAAUCGGAGCCACUGCUCUGCAGGGACCUCCAGGAAUCACCUAAUGUAACCCCCUGUUUGAGGCAGGAUCAUCCUUGUUCAACCAUCACAGUCAAAUCCAUUGUCCAAACUCUUAGUAACAGUACAGUCAACCCUGAUGCAACACCAGGCAUUGCACCUGACCCUGCCACAGGGAAAUCAGGGGAACCGCAGUGGCCAACAUCCUGCUGCCGUAAAAAGUUGUUAAUAUACUCUUGAGAUCCCAGGAAGCGGCUGUGUCCUUACUACAGAGAAAGGCAACCUACCCCCAAGUCUGUACCAGCCUGACAAGGGGGUGAAAUUCCUUUCUGAUUCCAAGUGUGUCAAUCUGACCCCGAGCAAAGGGGCAAGACCCUCUAGCCAGGAACCUCUGAGGUUAAGUCCCAGCAAGAGCACUGGCACAGCCCAGUUGCCACCUCCAGACCCCCAAUCAUAGAAUCCUAAAAUAGUGGGGCUAGAAGAGACCUCCAGAGGUCACAUCCAGUCCAACCCCCUGCCUGAGGCAGGAUCAGCCCUGUCCAAACCAGCCCAGACAAGUCCAUCAUCUAAACUCUUCGUAAAACUACUGUCAGCCCUGACAGAUCACCAGACAUCACCCUCAACUCUGCCACAGGGAAAGCAGGGGGACCACGCAGCCGGUGUCCUGCUGCUGUAAAAGGUUGUUAAUACUCAUUUGAGAGAUCCCAGGCUGUGCCCCUGCUACAGAGGAAAGCAACCACCCCCCACUCCUCCCAGUUUGUACCAAUUUGACCAGGGGGAAAUUCCUUCCUGACCCCCAAUGCAGUGUAGGUCUGACCCUGAGCAGAGGGGCAAGCCCCUUUAGCCACGACCCUCUGGGGUUGAGUCCCAGCAGGAGCAUUGGGACAGCAUAGUCACCAUCCCCAGUCUGGGCAACAUUUAAAAAAUCAAAGUUACAGUCAAUGCCUCUAAGGAAGUGGAAAAUAAACCCUGAGACAAGUAGCAGCAGGAGGCACUGGGAAAAAUAUUCCCUCCUAGCCCAAUGUGGCAGCCAACAAAGCAGCCUGGGAGAUCCCCAGAGCAGAGUGGGUUGAGCUACCUCCAGAUUAUGCUUGUCCAGCCUCUCCUUGAACCCCGGCAAGGAUGGAGAUCUCCCCACCACACACUGUUCCCUAGGCAGAGAGAUGGGGAGGGAGCUUCUGGCUCAGUGGGAUGCAGCUGAACUGGUGGGGAGGGGGGACCAGCUGGAGGGGCCCAUAACCAAUGCCGUGUUAUGUUUUUUUCUGCCCAGACAUUGGCGUCUGGAACCCGGCCUUUGACGUCACUCCCCACGACCUCAUCACUGGCGGCAUCAUUACAGAGCUUGGGGUCUUUGCCCCCGCAGAGCUCCAGGAAGGCCUGAAACAGGCCUCCAUCAGGUGAUGCACGCCCCCG